CCAAUGACAUGUCCGGUGAAUAGUCGCCCUCUAAUAUUUGGAUCGAAGGGUGCUUUGCAAUUUCGACGGAGAAUAUUUCGUAACAUUUUUAACAAUCAUUCGGUUAGCGAUAAUUUACAACUGGUCGAAAACGAGAACGCAAUCGUAAUAAAUAUAAUCAUCGAGUUUACGUAUUACUUUAUUAAAAUGUGUAAUUAUUUGUAAGGAGAGUAGAGUGAAUUAUAUAACCUCUUGGAAAGCGUGUAUAAAAUAAUUUACAUUCUUUUACUUACCGUUCGGUGAAAUAACUUGGUCGUUUGCUGUGAUUAUUUUAUCUGUUUAAAUACGAGCAACAAUGCUUCGUCUGGUGACUCGCUUAUCUUUACGUCCUCGCGUUUACAAAACGGUACUUGGAGCAACGUCAACUUUAGUAAAAACGAAGCAACCAUCGUUAGUGGAAUACGCUCGUAACUUUAGCGUCGGUAACAAGCUUUAUUCGUGUCUACUUCAGAUCCUAAAACCAGCACCUGAAUUUUCCGGGACUGCUGUGGUCAAUGGUGAUUUCAAGGACAUCAAAUUAAGUGAUUACAGGGGGAAAUAUGUCGUUCUCUUCUUCUAUCCUCUAGAUUUCACAUUUGUAUGCCCUACCGAGUUGAUAGCAUUCAGCGAGAAAGUUGACGACUUUAAAGCUUUGAACACACAAGUGAUUGGAGUUUCCACGGAUUCUCACUUCAGUCAUUUGGCAUGGAUUAACACGCCUAGGAAACAAGGUGGUUUGGGUGGCGACUUGGGCUAUCCUCUUCUCAGUGACUUUAACAAGGAGAUAUCUACGAAAUACAACGUCCUUAUCCCUGACGCUGGAAUUGCGUUACGCGGUCUUUUCAUUAUAGACAAGGAAGGGGUAUUGAGACAGUUGAGCAUAAACGAUCUACCAGUUGGCAGAAGUGUGGACGAAACGCUGAGGCUGAUCAAGGCAUUCCAAUUCGUCGAGAAAUACGGAGAAGUCUGUCCCGCUAAUUGGCAACCAGACUCUAAAACAAUUAAACCAAACCCGAAGGACAGCAAAGAGUACUUUGAGUCAGUUAAUUAAACAUCGAACACUUUUUCUAUGCGCUAAAGUUUAAUGUACAAUAUAUUACUGUAUCGUGAUAAAAAAAAUAAUGUGAGCGAAAUAUAUUAAUAUAUAUAUA